GAUUCGGUACCAAAUAAGGACAUGAGCUCGACCGCUUGAAGUGACGUCAGUGAGAUGGCUGGUGGAAUAAAGGAGUCUUUCUCUCAGAUGCGGGAGCAGAGGUACAGGGGGUACACAUAGAGUCUGCUGAAAUUGAGAAUUAACUGUAGUGUAGACCGUAAUCUCGUUACAUAACCCAUCACUGAACGCGCCGUUCGUCCGUUCAUUCGCGUUAAUCCGUUUCUCCUCAGAGCGAAAACACUUGUGGCGUUCGUCAGAGCGAGGGAACUCAGAUACAUUUAUGUUUUCUCAAACUGAGGACAACUACAUUAAUUUUAUUGAGCCACUAGAAUAAAAUAAUCUUCCUUAUAGUGUAUAUGCUUCUGUCCUUGUAUCUAUGUCCAGCAGUGUGGUGAUGACGACCCGCUGACGCGGUUUCCACCACAACGCCAGGGAAGAGAGAGAGAGAGAGAAAGAAAGAGAGGAAUCAAAGCGACAGAGCACAAGACUCAUCUUGUUUGGGUUUCAAAGCCGAAGCUGAAGAAUAUUUCCAAAGAUAUCCAAGCGCCUCUGCAGACAUGGAGGCGGCGAGUUUGGCACACGGGGUCGCGAGCUCGUUAAGCCCGCUCGAGGGCAUGAUCAAGAACGUGAGCCUGGAGUCACUCCAGCUGUGCGAGAGAGACGGUAAGAAACCGCUGCAACACAGUAAGGCUGAGGAUCCCGGAGUGGUAGGAAUGGAGUUACCCGUUGCUCGCAACAUCAAGAUCAGUAACAUCACCUGCGACUCCUUUAAGAUCUGCUGGGAUAUGGACCCUCACACCACAGAGAAGAUCACACAUUACUUCAUUGACCUUAACAAGAAGGAGAACAAGAACUCCAACAAAUUCAAACACAAGGAUGUGCCUACGAAGCUUGUUGCUAAGGCAGUCCCGUUGCCCAUGACAGUGCGAGGCCAUUGGUUCCUGAGUCCACGGACAGAAUACACAGUUGCCGUGCAAAUAGCAUCCAAACAGACGGAUGGAGACUACGCUGUAUCAGAAUGGAGUGACAUUGUUGAAUUUUGUACAGCAGAUUAUUCCUCAGUGCAUUUGACGCAGCUGUUGCAGAAGGCUGAAGUCAUUGCUGGCAGGAUGCUCAAGUUCUCCGUCUUUUACCGAAAUCAGCAUGAGGAAUACUUCCAACACUGCAGAGAUGUUCUUGGCAGUCGAAUGAUGCCCUCGGUAAAGGAUAACAGCGGUAGUCAUGGUUCACCUCUCAGCGGUAAACUGGAGGGGAUCUUCCUCAGCUGCAACACUGAGUUUAACACAGGUCAGCCACCACAGGAUUCCCCAUACGGCCGCUUCCGCUUCCAGAUACCCGCCGAGGUUCUGUUCACCCCUGACACGCGCCUCUACUUUGGGGACUUCUACUGCAUGUACACUGCCUAUCAUUAUGUUAUCCUCGUCCUGGCUCCCCGGGGCUCGCGUGGAGACCUUUACUGCAGAGAUCGCCUGCCAGAGCUGGAUGUGACGAACAACCGCUUUCUCACACGUGUGUGCGGGGAGGAUGGGCGGGUGGUGUUUCAGCAUGCGCAGGAUGUGAUUCUGGAGCUGAUUUAUACUGAGCCGGUGCAGCUGGCACAGGGGACUGUCUCUCAGAUCAGCGGCCACCAGUUGAUGAGCUUCUCAACUGUCAAUGCUAAGAAAGACCCCAGCUGCAAGACCUGCAACAUCAGCGUUGGGCGCUAACUUGGGCGAACAUUCACACAGACGCAGUUGUGCAUAUAACAAGAAGGCCUCCUGAACAACCUUUGAAUGCUACGUUACAAAACAAGAUACAGAUGAACUCCAAGACAAAUGGCCCCAGAAUCCUUCAGAUAUACUCAAACCCCUUUGGGGGGGCCUCACAGACCCCCAGCUAAUGCUAGAAAAUUAUAUCUUUGCUCAAUGAACUGAGAAGUGU